AUGCCAGACCCGAACCUCACAGUCUCGCUUCUCAUGCCCGAAGAAGCAGAACAAUACAUGCGCAUACGUCACGAAGUCUUCCGACCCACCGUCAACAAGAUCCUCUAUGCCCGCCGCGAGCCAUCUCAGGAAACCCUGGACAAAGUGACGGAAGAUAUCCGCGAUGGCAUAACCAACAAGGGCAUACUCUACGUCAAGUGCGUCGACACCUCUACCAAUGAGAUGAUCGCAGGCGCACGUUGGCGCUACGUCAAGCCCAAAGAAGACGGCGCGAAAGAGCGUACUUGGGAAGAAGUCGAUGCCGGUCUCACCGUCCCACCACCAUACGAAGAGAGUGACCCGGAUAUGUUCGCGGAACUCUUCAAAUUGUUCAACUCGAACAAGCGGGAGAUUCUGGGGAAGAGGCCAUACUAUGUCUUAGACACACUGGUUACAUUGCCGCAACAUGGAAGGAGGGGAGCGGGGAGUAUGCUAGUGCGAUGGGGCUGUGAGAAGGCGGAUGAGGUUGGUGUUGAGGCGUUCCUUGAAGCGAGUCCCAUGGGUGCGCCCAUGUAUGCAAGACAUGGGUUCCAAGCUGUGAAGACGGUGGAAUUGGAUCUGAGGAGGUGGAGUGGAGAGGACAAGAUGGAGUUUAUUGUAAGUUUGUUUUGUCUGAGGUUCUUCAGGAAGCGGGGCUAA